GUCAGGCAUACUUUUUUUACACAACACAAACAAAAUAUUGGAGUUGGACGCAGACAUAGACAUCGAUACCCACUGUAAGCUGCCUCUGUGACGGGAUGACGCUGUAAAAUUGAAGAGCAACCAAUAAACCGAACACGAAUGCCUUCUGAGGCUCAGUCCCAGGAGCCUCGGAACAGAGGACCGCCCCCUCCUGUCACCCGAGCGGGACGCAGUGCCCAGUUGGCCAAAGCUGCUGCUACAUGCUCCAUCAAUGACAGGCGGCCUCGUGGGCGACCUAGAAAGGAUGGGAGUGGGGGGCGUUCAAAAUCACCUGUUCCUCCACCGCCGCCGCCUCCUCCUUCAGCUUCAAAAUCCAGAAAGAAGGGGAGAAGUCGAGGAAGAGCACAGGUAGAAGAUGAAGAGAGCAUGGACACGAUGGAGAAUAAACUACCCCCAAAGACAGAGGUUAAGGAGAAAACCACAGGUUAUCGACGAUCCACAUCCAGAAGGAAAUCUUCCACAAACCCUGACCUGGACCCAGAUCCUGAACCUGACCCAGAUCCUGAACCUGACCCAGAUCCUGAUCCUGAACCUGACCCAGAUCCUGACCCAGAUCCUGAACCUGACCCUGGUCCUGACCCUGAACCUGAACCUGAACCUGACCCUGUACCUGAAUCUGAACCUGAACCUGAACCAGAACCAGGACCUGGACCUGGACCUGUACCUGUACCUGAACCUGAACCUGAAACUUACCCCGAUCCUGAUCCUAUAUCUAAUCCUAUACCCACACCUUUAUCUGAACCUGAAACUGACCCUCAACCAAGUCAGGACAGACUUAGUCCAGAGCCACAGCCUAACCCUGAUCCACCUCCACCUGACCCAACAGUUACAGAGUGUGCUAUUAAAUUAGAUCCUAAUGCUGAGGUGGAUUCCGGGCCCAGCUCUAGUCCUGUGUCCUCCCCAGGGCCAGGUCCCAGUCAGGUGAAAGAAGAAGAAGAAGAAGAAGUUAACCUUGUUAUCCAUAGUCUUGGUCACAGUCCAAGCUCAAACCUCCAACCACCUCCAGAUUCUGUAAAUAAAGAAGAGGAUGAUGCAUCCACCACAACACACAACACUGCACCUACAGACAAUUGCAGUCCCAGCAAGGAACCCACAAAAACAGAAGGGGACGUAGCCAGACCCAUGGCUCACAGUCCUACUCUGAGUCCUUGUCACAGUCUUCCGGUCUCCCCCUGUCCCCAGCUGGAGGACGAGGACUCGCUAUCCCCGCUUUUCCUCAGGUCUUUGUCUGACGACUCCGCCAGCUCACCCACUCCCAGCCUGAGCCAUGCCCACAAACGCCUGCAGCAGUGUGCCUUCUGUUACCGUGGCAAUGAUCCUCCUUUGGGUCAGGGUCAUCUGCUUGUGUUUGGCCCAACCCCUGGCUACAUCCCUCUCCACAUCCUCAAUCGCCGCACUUCAUCUGACCGAGACAGUGACUGCCAUGACCACUGCUACCAAGGCAGCGAGGCCCCACCAUUGCCCAGCACUCCAGAACAGUGUGAGUCUUCCUCAGAAUUUGUGGAGCAGCUUGGACUCAUCGGCCUUCCACAUGAUGUUAACGUCCAGUCACUGUUUGACCCAACAGGUCAGUGUUGUGCUCACUUGCAGUGUGCAGCUUGGUCAGAGGGGGUGUGUCUUGGUGAGGGCCAAUCGCUGCUGUAUGUGGACAAAGCCAUCGAUUUAGGAAGCACACAGGUGUGUGCUUUCUGCCAUCGCCUUGGGGCGUCUUUGCGGUGCCGACAAGCGGGUUGUGGGUGGAGCUAUCACUUCCCUUGUGCAGCUGCGUCUGGGGCUCAUCAAGACUGGAAUCAGAGACGCAUACUGUGCACAAGACACUCAGACACAGCCUCUUCGGCACAAUGUACGUCAUGUUCAGGUACUGGUGAUGUUAGCAGCCUGUUGAUGUGCUGUUGCUGUGGUAGCCAUUACCACAGUACCUGCCUUGAUCCCCCUCUCCAUCCCUCACCUCUUCGACGGGUUGGCUGGCAGUGUCCAGAGUGUAGAGUGUGUCAGAUUUGCAGAUUGGGAGGUGACAAGGGUGUGCUGUUAACGUGUGAGUGCUGCGAUAAAGCCUUUCACGCUCUCUGUCUUACACCAUCACUGGACCAGGUGCUGACCAGUGGCUGGAGCUGCAAGAACUGCAGAGUCUGCCGUCGUUGUGGUGUGAGGUCUUCAGGCCAAUGGGCAAAUCACCCGUUUCUAUGUGAGUCAUGUGACCUGGCCCUGCCCUGUCCUCUCUGUGGCCACACCGCCGGCCUUUAUGGACCACAAGAGUAUCUCACCUGUACUUGCUGCUACAGGUGUGUCCACACAGAGUGCAUUGUCCAGAGUGGGGAGGGCAGGGCAGGGUCUGAAACAUACAUAUGCUCCACCUGCAGGACUCAGGAGGAGGAUGUAAUUCCAAGAAGUCCCACACAAAACAGCCCAACCUGUCUACACCUCGUUCCCUUAAAGUCUCUGUCCCCAAAUAUUUUACAGCCACCAGACAACAGUCAUACUGAGAAUCCACCCAUCAGUUCCAUUCCACCGCAAAGUCUCAAAGUAGCCCUUAUGGAUAUGUCAGAGGUUGAGAAAAUCAAUGAACCUACACACACAAAUUUGCCAGAACCUCAACGGAGUUCCACAUCUAGUCCCAUUAACUCAUUAGAGUCAAAGAGUCCAGGAUCUGUUCACCCUGAGAUUCAAGAAACUCCUGCUCAAGAUAAUCUGUCAGAGCUCUCCAGAAGUCAAGAAGCAGUAGACAGUUAUCCGCCUGAACUUCAGCAAACUUGUGCACCUGCAUCCCCCAAUCUAUCAGAAGUCCCCAAAAGUCCAGAUUCUUUUGUACCUGAUUCAACAGAUCUUCAACACCCUCCUAUUCCUCUCAAUGAAUCAGAAGUCUUCGAUAGCCCUCAACCCAUUCAACCUGAUCUUACAAACUCCCCUAAGUCAAAUCUUUCAGAGGUCUCUGAAAAUCCCAAACCCAUUGAACUUGAUUCAGCUGAGCUCCAUCACACUUCUUCAGGUCCUAAUUCAGAUACAGUUGAGGAGCAGAAGGCUCCUGAAGCUCUCCAUCCUGAUCCAUUGGAGAUCAAACAGUAUCCCACACUGCCUCACCCUAACUCUGAGGUCCAACAAAGCAGCCCACCCAGUGACUUUGAUCCAUCGGAUGUUGAAAAAGGUCCUGAACUGGUUUGUCACGAUUCAACAGCGCUGCAAACCAGUACCACACCAACUCACCCUGGUCUCCAACAAUAUUCAGAACCUGCUCAACCUGAUCUAUCAGACUUUCAACAUCAAACAUCUACUAAUUCUGAUCCAUUGAAUUGCUCACCCACUGACUCUAUUUCAUUAGAGCUCCCAUUGAGUUCUGUAACUGUUCACUCUGAUUCUACAGACCUCCAGGUUAGUUCUGAAUCUACUCAAAGUGAUCCAGUAGAGCCUCAACAAUCUCCAAAACCUGCUAACCCUGAUUCACCAGAGAUGGAACUAAAUCUUGAACCUCUUCAACAUAAAACUUUAGCGGCCGAACCUACAGAUUCUGAGCCAUCUGAUGUGCAGAAAUGUCCAAAAUCUGAUCAUUCUGAUUUUUCGUUCACCAAAGACCCUGCACUGAGUCAGCCUAGUUCACCACAGCUCCAAGAAGAUCAGUCAUCUAUUCAUCAUCAUGCAUCUAAUCUCCAGAGAACUCACCCAGCUAAUCCCAGUCCAUUAAAACUGAAACAGGGUCCUACAUCUCCCCAGUCCCCUCCACCUGACAUUCAACAAAUUUCUGCAUUUUCUAAUCCUGAUCCAGUCAAGAUUCAACUAAUCAAAAGUCUUGAAACUGAAAAUGAUGAUCCUUCAGACAUUGAAGUAAGUCAUGAAAUUGGACAACAUGGUCCUGAAAGUCUUAAACCUACCCACUCUGAACAAUCCCACCUCAUUUGUAAGGACUAUUCUGAGCCCCAAUGUAGCCCUUUGGAGAUAGAAACACCUGCUUGUGAAGUACAACAUGAAAUCUUACCACUUAAACAGAAUCCUGCAGAACUUCAAGAAUUAUUCCAAGGUGGUCCAACUGAACUUCAGGGAAGUCCCAAGCUUGAAGAUAGACCUACCCCAUCUCCCCCAAUUGCAAAAUCAUCCUCCACACAGUGUCUUUCUGGUUCAACAGACCUUUUCAAAACUGAACUGUCACCCUCUAGUCCUGUUGAACUGCAACAAAGCCCAACUCACAUGAUUUUAACACAGGCCUCAAAUUCACUUACCCACAAUUUCUCAGAGGAACAUCUUACAGCCAAACAGCCUCAGCCAAACAGCCCCCUUCCUUGUGGCCUUGCACAGAGUCCUGCUGAGGACACCACUGCCCAGACCCAGUCUGAAAAUUCAGGCAUUUCUUCGGUUGUCAUUUUAAUGCAGUCCCCAACUAAGCCUCACUAUGAUGCACCUUGUAAUAUGACCUUUAGUCCUGCAUGCCCUGGCAUUUCAUCUUCACAGAGUCCUAUACAGAAUGAUAAAUCUACACUGGACCACAAGACCUCUGGUUUUGCCAGUUCUGUUCACCUGCAUCAUGAGACUGAACAGGAUACUUCUACACUGGACCAGGACACCUUACCAGUCUGUCAUGGGUCUACCCAGACUAAAAGGAGACAUACCUCAGCCCCAUGCAGCCCCGUACAAUCCAGACUCAGACCUACACCAGCAUGUAGUCUGUCUUUGCCUGGAAGCCCAGUACAGGUCGACUCUACACAACAUUUAAGACCUUUACUGCUGAGCCCAAUAGCUUCUUAUCUUACUGAACAGUCCACACUGACAGGGGAAAGCUCUGAAAACUCAAAUGUGGAGUUGUUAUCUGUCAAAGUUAGCUCUGCACAGUUGAGUCCAAAUAAAGAUGCCCAGACACUGGAAAGUAAUCCCACCUUUGAAAAUCCUACCAUGCACCACAACAUGGAUGCUCAACUUUCACACCAGAGUAGCAUGAUUAGUCCAGAACCAUCCAGUCCAUGCAGUAUCCUUCCUGUUCCUCCACCAGAAAGCCUUCUUCACACUAGCACUUCAGUGGAACACAGUAGCCUAACCCUCUCACCUAGUGCUGAUAAAGUGGAGGAGACUUCAUCCCCUUCCAGCCACAUUCAUCAAACGCCUUUAAAUGACACACAUUCUGGCAGCAUGGAGGCUAAAGCUGAUCCUCAGCCCCAACCUGGUUUAGGUGAUAUUAACCUAACGCAUACCAAUGAAAUUCCUGUUUGUCCCACUCUUCAGGCUAAUUCUAGCACUAUCUGUAGCGCUUCCAGUAUCAACCCUAAUCUCCCUGAAACUGUCAUCUCAGCAGAUUCUCCCUUAUGUCAGGACGAAGAAAUGCAAGCGGCUGUCAACACUUUAGCUGUGAAUCCUGAAACAAAAGAUGAAUCCUGUAACCCUGAGCCCCUUUCAGUUAGUCCACUUUUUAAUGAUACUCAAACCAGUCCUGUUUCCAAGGAAGGUAAUGGUGACUCACUGCAUGCAGAUACUCAUUUGGCUCAAAGUCCAGUGGCCUCUUGUCCAUCAUCUCCAAUGCAUCCGUGUCUUUCAAGUCCUAAGCAUCCAUCAAAUCUACAGCAAAUUUGUCAAUCACCUCCAGUGAUUUGCCCAUCAAGUCCACCAAAUCCCUCUCCUUCAAGUCUCCCAGAUCCCUGUCUGUCAACUCCUACAAAUCCCUGUCCUUCAAGUCCCUUGAAUCCUUUAUCUUCAAGUUCCUCGAAGCCUUGCCCGUUAAGUCCCUCGGAUCCGUGUCCGCCAAGUCCCUCAAAUAUCUGUUUGCGAAGUCCUUCGAAUCCUUGUCCGCAAAGUUCCUCAAAUUCUUGUCCGCAAAGUCCUUCGCAUUCUUGUCCAGAAAGUCCCUCAAAUCUUGGUCCGCCAAGUCCCACGAAUCCGAAUCCUUGCCCAGAAAGUCCCUCGAAUCCCUGUUCCGAAAGUCCCUCGAAUCCUUGUGUGUCGAGUCCUUUAAUUCUGUGUCCGUCAAGCCCCACUCAUCACUGUCCGUUGAGUCCAGCUCACUCCUCUCCCUCAAGCCCCACUCACCCUUGUCCACCAAGCCCUCCACAACCAUGUCCAUCCAGUCCUCCACUUCCAUGUUCUACAAAUUAUCCAUAUGUAGAACCUUCCAGUCCUUUACUGGUGACUGUAGCUGGAUUUAGUCCUUCUCACUGUAGUCUAACCGACCCUAGUCCAAACAGAAGCUCUGUUAGUCACAAUCUCAGCAACAUUGCCUCAGAGAGCUGUGUCCACCCAGAUCCCAACUCUGCUAUCCUAACUGGUGAUAGCAUUCUUCACGUUUCUCCUAGGUCUAGUCCUGCUGGUCAAGCUAGUCCUGUUCACAUAACCUCCACAGGUGUCCAUUUAAGCAGAAAGAGUUCCUCAUUAACUAACUCGCCACACAGCAGCUCUGCACAUACUCCUGUUAUUGGUAGCCCACCUUGUAGUCCAACUCAGGCAGUUGAAAGUCCUGCAGAUGAACCGCAUUAUAGCUCAGCAAAUGACACUGGAACCAUUUUUGGGCACACUGUUACUCAGACAAGCUACCCAUUACCCAUUUCUGCAACACAGAGUACUCUGUUUACUGGGGAGGUCACCCUCAGUCCAAGUCAUGAAUCCCCAGAUCCAUUCAGCUCAGAUGCCAAUUCUAAUCUUGAUAGGUUGAGCCAGCCCCCAGUGUGUCCUGAAAUGAAACAUAAUGAGUCGUCUGCCUCUGUGAGUCUGUCCAAUCAAAGACCAUCCUCCCCUGCUAAUCCUACUGCAACUCAACCUGCGAGUCCGGGUUCUAGUCUGUCCUCAGAUCAGGAUAACACUGUGGUGCCCGGGUCUAGUCAUUCUCCUCAUCCGGCGUUUGUUGACUCACAGGUUAGCCCUGUUCAGACACAGUCUGUAAACAGAACCAAAGUUGAAAGUCCUGUUCAUGCUUCAGAUUCAGUUUUAAUUCAGACCUCUGCAAUAUCUGGUCUGCAUAAACCUGCAUUGUCAAAAGAAAGUCAUGUGUCUGACAGUGAAGCCAGUCCCAGUUCUGAACAGUGUGAAAACCACACCAUCACUGACCUUAACCCUGAAAACGUGGACAAGUCUGUGUCUAGUGCCACAGAAACAAGGGCAAGAUCUCCGGCUACCGAGGACAUGGAUCAGACAAGCAUACUAUCAAAGGAAGAGGACGAUUUGGAAAAAUCCAACUGUGAAGGAAAAAAUGAGAGUGAGGCUUCAAAUCAGGCCAGAGAAGUGAAGAAGUUUGAGGUUCAUCUUAUUGAAAAAGUCCAACCAGAAGAUGGGGAACCAGUUGUGAGGACAGAAGGACUACAAGACAAGGAGCAGGUUUCUUCUUUAGGUGUUGAUACAUCACUCCUUUCUGAAGACCCUCGGAUGUCUCCCUCCACCCCUUUACACCUACAACAAUCUUCUUCCUCCCCUUUACCUCAAAAACAAACUCCUUCUCCUUCCUCUCCUCAACACUCUAUGCCACAGUCUCCGUUUCCCCAAUCAUCACCUCCUUCUGCUCCCCUUGGUUCCUCGUUACCACCUUCUCCUCUUCCUACUGAAGGUGACUUUGAGGAAGCCUCUUCUUCCAGCUUUUCCUGUCCAAAGACUCCUUUGACGCCCUCCAGGUCCAACUGCUCUCCUCAUCCUUCAACGUCUCCAUUAAGGAACCGCAUCCUGGAAACAGAGCCAAUAGCUCAUCCAGAAGGACCAGUGCUUGAAACGGGGGAGAAGGAGGAGCCUGAUAACACAAUCAUUGCUGCCCAACUACAAAGCCAGUUAGAAUCUUCAGCAACAGAACUAGCCAAAGAUGAGCACCAGUCACUCACAGAGAAGUCAAAGGAGGCUACUGAAAACCUACAAGUAAGGGAGGGAGUAGAUGACGAAGAGGGGGAGAAUGAGGAGGAUGCCAGCCAGGAGGACCAGUUAGUACUAGUGGGGAAAGAGGAGGAGUCAUUAAGUCCAGUGCUGGACAUGGACUCCACUUUUGACAAGGAGGUUAUGGACCUGAUGACCUCCUCUUCUCCUCCACCUUCACUCCUCAACCUCUCUCCAAACAGUUCUCCGCCCUUCUCCCGCCGUGAGAAGUCUCGUCCUCUAAGGGCAACUCCUCCCUGGAGCUCCAGACCUGUGGAUGAUCUAUCCAUUCGUCUAAGACAGUCACCCUUUUCCACCGAAGCAUCCCCUGAAACUUCCCCGAACAGGGUUCCUGUCACCCCCCCUCCUCUGUCCCCACCGUCACCUCCUUCAUCUAGGGAGUCUCCAAACCUCAAGGUUCCUUCAUCAGUCACAGUGUUUCCCCUGACUCCGAAGAUCGGAAUGGGUAAACCAGCCAUCUCUAAGAGGAAGUUCUCUCCAGGCAGAUCUCGGGUCAAGCAGGGUUCGUGGUGGAGUAACCGCAGGGCGGCAAGCCCCCCCUCAUCCUCCCAGGAUUCUAUGGGGGAGGGGUGGGACAGCCCUAAGCCCCACCCAUCGGACUCCCCCCUCUGGAGCAUGAGAGUGAGCCGUGGUACAGGGUUUCCUGGCAGGAGAAGAUCCAGAGGAGGUGGUAUUGGAGGAGGUAGAGGAGGUGGCAGAGGAAGGAGCAGAUUGAAGACACAGGACUGUGUUCCUGUGUCACCUGGAUGUGCGUACGUAGAGGUGUUCCAGCCAAAGGAGGAGGAAGAAAACUCCAUGCACAACACAGUGGUGAUGUUCUCUACAUCAGAUCAUUUCACUCUGAGACAGGACAUGUGUGUGGUGUGUGGCAGUUUUGGUCAGGGGCCAGAAGGUCGUCUGUUGGCCUGUUCUCAGUGUGGACAAUGUUACCAUCCUUACUGUGUCAACGUCAAAAUUACCAGAGUGGUCCUGACCAAAGGAUGGCGCUGUUUGGAGUGUACUGUUUGUGAAGCGUGUGGUGAAGCUAGUGACCCAGCUCGCCUCCUACUGUGUGAUGACUGUGACAUCAGCUACCAUACCUACUGUCUUGAUCCACCCCUUCACACAGUUCCCAAAGGAGCCUGGAAGUGCAAGUGGUGUGUGUGUUGUAUCCAAUGUGGCUCCACCUCCCCUGGUCUAAACUGUGAAUGGAUGAACAACUACAGUCGCUGUGGACCAUGUGCCAGUCUGAGUCGCUGUCCACUGUGUCACCGCGAGUACACACACGACGACCUCAUCCUGCAGUGUCAGCAGUGUGACAGGUGGGUCCAUUCUGUGUGUCAGGGUCUGUCUUCAGAGCAGGAAGUGGAGGUUGCCGCCGAUGAAGGCUUUGACUGUACACUGUGCAGAACACACAGCCGCGUCCCAUACAUAAGGCCAGAGACUUCGGAGUCUCCCUUCAGGGCUCAGAUCAUUUCCAGGAUGAGAGAAGCAGACCCAAAGACCUACACUCAGGACGGCGUGUGCCUCACAGAGUCUGGGCUGUCUCACCUACAGUCUUUAGUUGAACCUCUAACAUCACCGCGCAGAUAUCGCAGAUGCAAACCCAAACUAAAGCUGAGGAUCAUUAACCAGAACAGUGUGUCCGUGCUGCAGACACCAGAACCAGACCUGUCCACAGAGCAUGACAUUGGCAGAGGUGAGUUAGACUGUGAGAUGAAAUCAGACUCCAGCCCAGAGAGAGACCAUGUCCCUGAUGAUGAUGUCAUCAAAGAGGCAGAGGCUCCUGAUGGCAAGAAGAAGAGGAAACCGUACAGACCUGGGAUUGGUGGCUUCAUGGUUCGUCAAAGAGGCGGAAAGAUUGGUCCAACCAGAUUUAAACUGUGGAGAAAAGACUCCACGGAGAUGCUGCCAGCUCGUGAUGAAGACACUGAGAUUACAGACCAAGCUAUGGAAAAGGUGAAAAAGAGGUACAGGAAGAAGAAGACGAAGCUGGAAGAGGAGUUCCCGUCUUAUCUACAGGAAGCAUUCUUUUGUCGGGAUCUCCUUGAUCGGAGUAGACUUGUGGAGAAGAAGGUAUCAGCAGAGACAACGAGUGGCAGCCAAUUGUCGGCACCAAUGGGUCUCAUAAAGACCUCCACUACUGCUGUGCAUGGCCCCUCACCCUCUGGGCUGGUAUCCAUGGUAGCCAACAGAAAACAAGGAACUCUGCCAGUGUCGGAGGAUCUGGUGGAUCUGUCUGAUGUCCUCAGCAGUGACCCUCAUAUCCUAGCCACAGGACACACAGGUCAGUUCCAUGUGGAGCGUUCCCCAUCUCCAUUUGCCGGCCUAGACAUUAGUUCGAUGGCUGAUGACUCGUCUUUGACUUGUGAGCCAACUGGAGCCUGUGGACGUGGCCAGAGGGCAGUGCAGGAGGAGUCACUGGAUGCUAUCUUAAGUCCUGAGCUGGACAAGAUGGUCACUGAUGGAGCCAUUCUCAGUAAACUGUCCAAAAUUCCAGAACUUGAGGGAAAGGAUGUGGAAGAGGUGUUCACUGCUGUUAUGAGUCCAAACAGCAUCAGCAACCAAUCCCAGCAUAGUCAUCACACACACGCUGCUGCUGGGUGCAAGACACAUACUCAACAACCAGGUGUAACUUAUCCACGUCUACCGCUGGCAAAUGGCCUGAUAGGAGCCACAGCUCAGCUAAGCAACACUCAUGGCACCAUCCAGGGAUCCCUAGCCUACAGGGCAUUGGGAGUCCCACCUUCCCCACCUACAUGUUCUAACAUGGUGACUGCUUCAGCCAAUCAGCCAUCAGCAGGAGAGGGCGAGCAAGACAUGAUGUCAGCAGCUCAGAGAGGGAUGCUUAAGUGGGAGAAGGAAGAAGUUCUUGGCGAAAUGGCAACUGUUGCUCCGGUGCUCUACUGCAACACCAACUUCCCUCAGUUGAGGGAGCAGUACCCAGAGUGGACAACUAGAGUGAAGCAGAUUGCAAAACUGUGGAGAAAAGCCAGCUCCCAGGACAGAGCACCAUAUGUGCAAAAAGCCAGAGAUAACCGGGCAGCCCAACGCAUCAACAAGGUGACACUGUCCAACGACCCACUCAAACGACAUCUGCAACAACCACAGCAACAAUUGCAGCAGCAGCAACAACAACAGCAACAACAACAACAACAGCAGCAACAACAACAACAGCAGCAGCAGCAACAACAACAACAACAACAACAGCAGCCACCACAGCCACCACCACAACCAUCACUGCCCCCGGGACCUUUUGACCCUGCUGCCAUGGAGAUGGACAUGGCUUUUAAAGACCCGCUGAGGCCCAAAGAGUCGGAGCAGGAGCAGGAGUGGAAGUUUAGACAGCAAAUGCGUCAGAAAAGUAAACAGCUGGCAAAGAUCGAAGCCACGCAGAAGUUGGAGCAGGUUAAAAAGGAGCAGCUGCAGCAGCAACGUAUGUUGGCAAAUCAGCGUCAGUCCGAACAUUCCUCCUCUGAGAGCAACAGCCCCACCCAGCAGCAGGAACACUCACAGUCUAGGCAAUCAUUUGAUGAUGUCUUCCUCAAGCCACAGGCUCCUCCCCCUUCUGGGUUUUCCUCUCUCCCUCAUUCCCCUCACGCCUCUUCUCCUCUUCAUCAACCUCCAUCUUCCCCCCAGAUGUUCUCCCCACCAUCGUCCCGCCCCUCCUCUCCCUGGGAUCCUUACAGUAAGGUGGUAGGAACACCACGUCCUGCUUCCUCCUCCCAAACUUGUUCUUCAUCGGCUCCACAGCAGCAGCACCGUAACUCCCUCAGUGCCUCCCCAGCCCACGAUGCCUUUGGUUCUCCUGCUCUAUCUCCUGACUCCAAAGCUGCUGAAAUGACCAGAACACUUGGACAACAACAACCAGUCCUGCAGCAGAGCAGGACAGGUAUGAUGAGUCCUUCCUCUGGGCCUGCUAGCGACCUUGCAACUCGUCACACUGGUGUGCGAGCACCUGAAUCCUACCAGCGUUCACCUCAUAACACCAGUGGUGGCGUUCGUGUGGCAGGGGCUGACCAACUCGUUCGAGUUGGAGACCUGAUGCAAGGAGGUGUGUUCAAAGCACCCAUGCCUCCUCAGCAAGAGUUGUUUGUAAACUCGGGGGUAGGAGGAGGAAGUAGGGAGCCAGUCAGACCUACGGAACUUGGCCACACACUCCCACAGGCCCAACCUUCUGGAUUUCCCCCUAGUCCACUAUCAGGAUUGGGCUCCCCUCACCGCAGCCCUUACGCACAGGCACCAGGCACACCCAGACCAGAUUACAGCCAGCAGGUCAUGGACCCCUUCAACCAGCACUCACCUUUGAACUCCCGGCCAUCUCCUGAUCCUUACAGCAACCCCCAGACACCUGGCACACCUCGCUCACAUUGUGAUCCCUCGUACCUAACCACACCCUCUGCACUGCGAUUAGACCAGUACAACCAGCAGCCCACUAACCCUCGCCCGUCACCCUCACACCCAAUGAUCGAUCCUCACAACAGCAACCCAGGAACACCUCGUCCCUCUGUAUCAGAGCGUUUUCCCAGAUCACCAGGGAGUCAACGGAGCAGCGACCCCUACAUUCAGCCUGUAGGUACGCCACGACCUUCACCAGACCCUUACGCCCAGCAGCCAUCCACACCACGACCCCACAAGGCUCCAGAGUCCUUCAUUCAGAACCAAGCAGAUGGCUUCAAUCCUAAUACAUUAGGUCCUCGAUCGUCCCCUAUGGCUCAAGUAGAACCAGCAGCCUUCAACGCAACAGCCCAGUCUCCAGGAAAGCCAGGUUUUUCUGGUCCUAUUGGAUCCAUCGGCUAUCCUGGACCUCGUGGCGUCAAAUUUGAAUUUCUUAUCGAGCAGCGACAGCGUCUACGGCAACUCAUCUUGAGGCAGCAGCAGCAGAAAAGCAUUUUAAGGCAAGAGAAGGGUCUCCAAGAUCCAUCAUCUGGAUCAGCUGUCCCACCUGUGGCUCCAUCUGGUUCUGCCACACCCUGUCACUGGUCCCAGGAGGAGCCCUCUUCCUCAGCUGCUCCUGCCGAUUUGUUUGGGCGCCCUCCACCUCCCUACCCUGGCACAGUAAGAUUUGCUGGUCCUGGAGCUAUCAUGACAGGUCCAAGGUUUCCUGGAGGAUUUACAGGAGAGCAGCAGAGAACCUUUAUCCCUGCUGAGGCUCCGUUCCCGCGGCCAAAUGUGCCCACAGACAUGGGUGUCAGACCAACCAUAAGAUUUGCUCCUCAAACAGCUCCAGCUGGACUCCAGGACUCAUUUCUCCGGCCUCCUCAGGAUGUUAUCCCUGGAACCGGUCAUGUUGCCGCAGAGGCAGUACCUGUUCAGAUGAGAAGGCCCAUGCCUGCGGAGUUCACUGGCAUUCGACCACCUGUUCCUGCCAAUACUCAACCACACAUGAUGUCAGGUGUUGCCCAGCCGUUCCUUCCCCGCUCCCUCCCUAUCCAGCAGCACAGCAUCAUGGGACAGCCCUAUAUUGAGCUGCGACAUCGGGCGCCUGAAAACCGCCUAAGGCUGCCUUUCACUGUGCCUGCUGUUGGUCCUGGGGGCUCACCAAUGCAAGCCAAAGAUGCCCAACAACCGUUGGCCAGACCAGGUCAAUCCAUCAGGAUGUGUGAGACUCUGGGCCAGCAUGUGGCAGAAGCAAGUAUGGUAGAGCCUCUAAAUCAGCAGCACCUCAUUCACACAGCCACAGUGUCCGCACUACACGGGGCUGAUGGGAUAGAGGAGCAUCUGGAGAGUGAGGACUCAGCUGUGAAAGACCUGGAGGAUGUGGAGGUGAAGGAUCUGGUUGACCUCAACCUGAACCUCGACCCUGAAGAUGGCAAAGAAGAUUUAGAUCUAGGUCCCAAUGACCUGCAUCUGGAUGAUUUCCUUCUCUCUGGGAAGUUCGACCUGAUUGCCUACGCUGACCCUGAGCUUAACCUGGAGGACAAGAAGGACAUGUUUAAUGAAGAGCUCGACCUGGGUGAGCCAGUGGAGGAGAAGGAUGGAGUCGGCUCCAGUAGAAAGGCAGAGGGACAGGCUCACCACAUGGACCAGAUUAAACAGGAAAUGACAUCGCCUGGUAUUGUUACUGAUAUCAGAACUUUACAAAACAGUUCAUGUGCCUCCUCCCUCAUCCUCAACACGGAAAAGGACUCAGGGGCCAAUGUAAAACUUGCCACCCAGGAAGAGCAUCCUAUGGCAGGCAUUACACCCAAAGUUGAGCCUCCCUCCACUCCAGGUCCACAUCCUGUCUUCCAGCAGCAGAGAUCCCUUGGACCUGCAUCUCUUCUCACUCCAAACCCUCAGGCUCCUCCCCCUGCCUCUCCUCUACUCCAACCUCGCAUCCUCCUAAACCCUCAGAUGCAGACUCCGCACCCAGGAAUGGCCACCCAGACACAGACCCAAGGUCAGACCAUCAUCCCUCCAAACCAGAACACAUUAAAGAGGCCACUGCUCUUAGAGGAGCAGCCUCUGCUCCUACAGGACCUCCUGGACCAGGAGCGUCAGGAGCAGCAACAGCAGAAACAGAUGCAGGCACUGAUCCGACAGAGGUCCACUUCUGAGCCUCUUUUUCCCAACAUGGAGGAAUUUGAUUCCAUUUCCGACCCCAUCAUGAAGGCCAAAAUGGUCGCUCUGAAGGGAAUCAACAAAGUGAUGACUCAGGGUAACCUGGUCAUUAACAGGUUUCAGCAGGCUCCAUCUACAGAGGCCCCUAGUCCAGAGGGACCACUGCCACCUCCCAACCAGGCAGGACAGGAAGGGAAGGUAAAUCCUCAGUUUAUGCGACCCAACCCUCCAAACUUUGGCCCAGGUUUCAUCAAUGAGUCUCAGCGGCGUCAGUAUGAGGAAUGGCUGGGCGAGACGCAGCGGCUCCUGCAGAUGCAGCAGGGCCUCCUGGAGGAUCAGAUUGCCUCCCAUCGUAAGACAAAGAAAGCACUGUCAGCUAAGCAGAGGACGGCCAAGAAGGCAGGCCGGGAGUUCGCUGAGGAGGACGCUGUGCAGCUACGCUAUGUCACGGAACAGCAGGGCACUGUACAGAAGCAACUUGAGCAGAUACGGAAACAGCAGAAAGACCAUGCUGAGCUCAUUGAGGAUUAUAGGACCAAACAGCAGCAGCAGAGGGCGCUGCAGCAGCCUGCUGCUGUGCCCAUGAUGCCUGCAGGAGCUCCAACCCUUCCUCAGACUAUGCUCUCACAGCCCAUAGUGCCCAUGCAGCUACGCCCUGGAGGACCAGUACCAGCUUGUGUUCCUAAUGUAGGUCCUGGAUGGACCCAAGGGAGUGUGGCUUCACCACAGAUGGGUCAGAGAAUGCCUCAUCAUCUGCCCCCUAAGAUGCCUCCCAACCAGGUUCCAAAUCCAGGAAUGGUUCCUAGUCUUUCUGGGUCACCAGCAGCUUUCAAUAAAGGGUUAGUUGCUGCAGGAGGAAACGGAACAACAGGAGAUGGAGUCGCCUCCAGCGCCACCGGUGCACCUCAGGUGAAGUUUGACGACAACAACCCAUUCAGCGAAGGAUUCCAGGAGAGAGAGAGAAGGGAGCGUCUGAGGGAGCAGCAGGAGAGGCAGCGAGUACAGUUGAUGCAAGAGGUAGAGCGUCAGCGUGCACUGCAGCAAAGAAUGGCACAAGAGCAACAAGGCCUUCUGGGAGCAUCGAUGGCUGCUGGAGGUGGAGUUGUACCUCAUCCUGGAGCAAAUGCUGGCUUGGCUGGGGCCCCACCACGGGGCGUUGACGGCCUCUCUCAGCUGCCUUUCUUUAGCUCUGAGCUGCCACAGGACUUUCUUCAGUCCUCACCAUCGUCCAGACCUCCUCCACCUCAGCAUCAGGGCCAGGUGGUCCUUCACCAGGGCUUCACUAGACCUCCACACCCUGGAGCUCACACAGUGCACAGACCUCCCACUGGCAUUGCUCAGCCUCACCUUUUAGCUAGGCCAAUUCUCCAGGGACCCACUGGGGCUUUAGCUCAGGGACAGCUGCGGCCAGCUGGUCCAGGUGCUGUAGGACUAAACAUGGCCCAUCUUGGAGGCCAGGGUCAACAGUUUGGAAACAAUAGCUCCUCCCCUUCCUCUCUUCAAACCUCUGUCCUCUGUCUCUAUCCUGAUGCCGUACCUGACAACAAACCAAAGGAAAAGAGGAAAAGAGAUGACGACAAUGUCAUGGUGGGAGGAGCCAGAACGCCCCUGUCUUCUCAUUCUGAUGACAUGACAGCCCCACCCACUCCAGCACUCUCCGACGCCUCCUGCUCAACACCCACUCGUGGUGGUGGGGAUCUAUCUGACACCACAUUUACUGGUCUGGCUUCUUCUUUUGAAUUGGAGCGGCAGGUGUCUGUUGGGGCAGCAGCCAAGCACAGACAAGCCGUCAUGGGACUAGAGUCUCAGCGAGGCCCCCUGGAGGUCAAGGAGGAGCGUGAGGAUGUCAGAGCAUGUGUUGUAAAAAUGGAGGUGGGAGAAGGGCAGGAAUUCUCCUUCCCUCUUCGUGGGGGAGGGAAAGAAGGAGACUCAGGAAAAGAGCUGCUUAAGCACCUGCUGAAGGACAAGUCAUCCCCUGCAAGCACACCAUCGCCCACUGGACAGGCCCCACCCCCUGCUCUUCGCCAACUGUCCAGUGACAGCAUGAGGUCUGAGGAGGAAGAGAGGCCUGCUUCCCAGGGCUACGUGAUGCUGGGCAGUCCAGAUAUGGAUGCUUUGGGCAGGAAGAAGGUGCAACAGCGUUGUAAAAGGCAGGCUCGUCCUGAGAAGGACAAGGUUCAGCCCAAGUACAAGAGGAGGAAGAAGGAGGAGGAGGAAAAGACAUUGCACUGCUCCACUUCAUCCCCCUCUGAACCACUGAUAACUCAUCUCAGACAGCUCUCGGUUCUGCCUCUUAUGGAGCCAGUACUGGGAGUCGAUCUUGGGCUUUUCCCACCGUAUGGCAGCUCUUCUUUGGGCAAAGACUCCAGGCUGACAGGCUCCUUUGGCAAUGCCUGUCUAGAUGGAGUCACCGACUACUACUCUCAACUUAUUUACAAGCAGAACAACCUAAGUAACCCCCCCACUCCUCCUGCAUCCCUACCACCCACGCCUCCACCUGUCGCCAGGCAGAAGUUGUUGAAUGGCUUUGCCACCACUGAGGAGCUAACGAGGAAGGAUAUCAGUGAGCACGAGGUAAAAACCACAUCAGGUCUGAAGCCAAAGGAGGAGCUUCUGGCUUUAAACCAUGCCCCCAAGACUGUGGACGUUCCUGCCUCCCUGCCAACUCCACCCCACAACAUCCAGGAGGAGAUCAGGGUUCAGGACUCUUCGGAGCGAGACACUCCAGACAGCUACGUCCCAUCUUCAUCUCCAGAGAGCGUUGCAGAUUUUGAAAUCAGCAGGUAUCCUGACCUCUCCUUCAUAAAACUGGAACAGCCAUCACCAAGUCCAUCACCUCCUUUACCCAUCAUACCAUGUUCCAAGGGCAAAGCAUCUGCUUUGAAACAGGAAGUGAAGGUGGAGCCAAACCUCCAGAAUCGUCAGUCCUGCUCUAACACAGACCUGGUCACAAUAGCAAUAACCCUAAACCCUGCUGCAGCACAGAAUGUUGCAGGAGUGAUGGCAGUGAUGACGCAGCUGCUGCGUGUCCCCACCCCCCUUAAUUACCAGCUGAGUCGAACUGUGGGCAUAGAACGGGGUCUUGUGGCAGGGAUGCAAGUACCACUGCCACAAGGUCAACCAGGCCUCAAACUGCAGAGAGCACCCCCUUCUGGACACACUGGUGUCAGGAUGGACCUCGGUCUGCAAGGCGGCUCCGCUGCAGUCAGACCUCAGUGCUGCAGCUUCUGCAAGGUGCUACUGGGAAACAGCGUCCGCAUCGUGAAAGAGAUAAAACCAGAGGGUCAGUCAGGACCAGGACCCAGCCUAGUCUUCUGCAGUCCUAAUUGCUGUACCCUGUACACAAACAGCCUGCAGAAACCUGGAAACAAGCCUGUGUUGGCAUCCAACUCUGAGCACUCACCUUUGGCCAAAGUGCAUCAGUACAACAACAACAUGUCCUCCAUCGCCGUGCACGCCCUCCCUCGUACUCCUCAAUCUCCUCCUCAUAGCUCCUCCCCAACUAUGUCCUUCCCACCGGCCUCUGCCAUCACAAUGGCAUCAAAGUCUCGUAUGGACAGCCUCAAGGUAAAAGUGAAGCUGAAGCCCCACCCCAGAGCAGUUCCUGGUGGAGAGGAGUUUACUCGCCAUGGGAAGAAGUUAAAGACUUCCCGUUGGAGACGUUGGAACAUCAGCAUCAUGCUGAGCAGGGGUCCUGGCCUUCCUAAUGAGGUGGUUGCCAUGCCAACCGAAGAGGAAGUGGACAUUCUGCUGAAGAAGAUGGGGACAUGUCUUCGUCCUGACCCAUUACCCAAAGACCAACGAAAAUGCUGCUUUUGUCGCCAGCACGGGGACGGACAGACUGAUGGACCUGCUCGACUGCUUAAUCUGGACUUAGACCUUUGGGUCCACCUGAACUGCGCUCUUUGGUCCAGUGAGGUUUAUGAGACACAGGCGGGUGCUCUCAUCAACGUGGAGCUGGCACUGCGUCGAGGACUUACUAUGCGCUGCGCCUUCUGCCAGCACAUUGGUGCCACAAGUGGCUGCAACCGUCUGCGCUGCACUAACACCUACCACUUCACCUGUGCUCUGCAGGCUCAGUGCACCUUCUUCAAGGAUAAGACCAUGCUUUGUCCAAUCCACAAGCCUAGGACUAUGUCUCUCAGUGGGGACAGAUCAUCUAGUCCCUCGCCCUCGUCCACUCCAGGGUCCACCCCCAACACGCCAAUGGCACUGCCGUCUGACCCCUAUGAUUCAGAGCUGCGUUGCUUUGCAGUGUUUCGGCGCGUGUACGUGCAGCGUGAUGAGGCGCGCCAAAUUGCGGCUUUGGUCCAGCGAGGUGAGCGGCAGCACACCUUCAGGGUGGGCGGUCUGUUGUUCCGUGCUGUUGGCAGGCUCCUCCCCAGCCAGAUCCAAACUUUCCACAAUCAGACGUCCAUCUUCCCAGUUGGCUACCACGCCAACCGCUUUUACUGGAGCAUGCGCUACUCCAAUAGACGCUGCAAGUACAUGUGCUACGUCGAGGAAAAAGACGGUCUGCCACUGUUCAAAGUCAAAGUGGUAGAGAAAGGUCACGAUGAUGUCAUUCUGUCCGGAUCUUCACCUAAAGCGGUCUGGGAUCAGAUUCUGGAGCCCAUCGCUGACCUCAGGUCCAGCUCUGAGACCCUGAAGCUGUUCCCUGUUUACCUGAAGGGUGAAGACCUGUUCGGUCUGACGACAUCAGCGGUGACCAGAAUCAUUGAAUCGUUACCAGGUGUGGAGGCAUGUGAACGCUACACCUUCCGUUAUGGCCGGAACCCUCUCAUGGAGUGGCCUCUGGCCUUCAACCCUUCAGGCUCUGCACGCUCUGAACCUAAAGCCUGUCAGACCAAGAGACCGAACCUGCUGACCAGUGUCGCCCCCCGGUGUCAGGGCACUGUCGGCUCCAUCGUCGGCCUGGUUCCCGGCGUCAUCUCUCUCUCUCCGGGCGAGGCGGUGGCCGGUGCUCAUCAAGGUCGACACUCCAAGUCGGCCCAGUAUCGCCGCAUGAAGGCGGAGUGGAAGACCAAUGUGUACCUGGCUCGAUCUGGUAUCCAGGGCCUUGGUCUUUAUGCUGCCAGAGACAUUGAGAAAUGCACCAUGGUCAUCGAGUACAUCGGCACCAUCAUCAGGAGCGAAGUAGCUAAUCGAAAAGAGAGGCUGUACGAGUCACAGAACCGUGGCGUGUACAUGUUCAGGAUCGACAACGACUUUGUGAUCGACGCCACCAUCACCGGAGGACCUGCCAGGUACAUCAACCACUCAUGUUCUCCAAACUGCAUCACAGAGGUGGUGACGGUGGAGAAGGAAAACAAGAUCAUCAUCAGCUCCUGCAGACGCAUCCAGAGAGGAGAGGAGUUGUGUUAUGACUAUAAGUUUGACCUCGAGGAUGACCAACACAAGAUCCCGUGUCACUGUGGAGCCGUCAACUGCCGCAAAUGGAUGAACUGAACACACGCACGCACACAAACACACACUGGCAGCUCUUUCUCACCUCGGUGCUCAAACUGGACAUCAAUGGCCUGCUACCCUGUGGGUGGAGCUUGACUUCAUAUCAGAAGUGAUUACUUACAUAAUAACCAUAAGACUAAUAAGUGGAGGGGCGGGGCUGUACAGGAGGGGGCGGGGCUAAAGACGAGGCUGGUCCUCUGAGUGUAUACUAUGUCAAAGGGACGUUUAUUCAUAAUGUUGCACUAAAGAAAAAAAAUCAAUGGAAAAUCAACAGAAACAGUUUCCAUAUAAUGUACUUGAUUCCACAAGACCUUCCCCCUGCCCCUCCCCCGUCUUUGUUAAUUUUCUGUAAAAUAAGAUUUUGUUUGUUUUUUGUAUUUAUUACUGAAUGAAGCUAUUUUCUAAUCUGCGGUGGUUGGAGUUGUGGAGUGACAGCUGUAAAUAUGUGUACAGAGAUGAGAUGUCACCUGCUCUCCAGCAGGGGGCAGCAUGUGAUCAGAUAAAGACUGUGAAGCUAUGUGUUUCGUCGCCAUUACAACACCGCCGCUUUGAUUGUUUUUGUUAAUUUUGGUUUUUUUUUAUUAUUAUUUUUGGAUGUAAAUGUGCGACAAUAAGACAUUUGUUUUUUUUGGGUUU